AUGGCGGCUACGACGGAGUCGAUUCCACAGGCUCAAGUUACUUCGACCUUUUGGAAAUCUGUUCAGUCUUUCCAGCGCGAGUUUCUCAACUUGAUGAGUUUCGGCUAUCUCGAUGACGACGCGGGCGUUUUCGCGCAGGAUUCACAACACACAACAAAUAUUGGAGCUGCGAGUGAAGCAGCUGUAAAGGUGAAGGAUGAUAUACUGGCUGCGGCAGAGAGUUCGAAGGGGGUUGGUAAUGUGUUUACAUAUAUUACCAGCCCGUGGGCCGUGGUUUGUUUAUUUAUGGCAGUAUUGCUGAACCGAACAAUGAUUUAUGCUUCACUCCGUCGUCCCCUCCGUCUCCCAUUGAGGGUAAGAUUCCUGAUGCGCAUCAUACCAAUCCUCCUGUGUCUUCACCACACCUACAAUCUUCUCCUCGCGAUGCGUUGUCAGUCUAGCAGCAUCUACAGAAACGGGAACCCGAGCGGUGGACUUCUAUGGCAUGUCGGCCAUGCUGGAACCUGGUGGAUGUCCGACUCGCAAGCUUGCCAGGCGGUAAAGAUGCUCCCUGAUGACGAGUGGAUUAGCACGGUUGCAGCUUGGCGCGGGCUUUCGCCGCCAGAGGACGCCGGAUCGGACUUGGAAGAGCUGUCUCCUCCCUUGGGCAGUUUGCAUAUGCUAUGGCCAUUGUAUGAGACGUUGUGUUUGAGCCAGUUUGUGGAGAUAUUUGCAUGCGCGGUAACUGGACGGGUCCCGGCGGCCGAGACAGGGAUGACGCUGUUGGAACAUUCGCUAGCGUUUGCAGAGGCGGAAGCCCAGGCAAAGAUGAGACUUUUCGUGAUUCGACCACUUAUCACCGAAGGGGAGGAAGCGAUGGAAGGUUGGACAAUCCCGAAGGUUACAAAAUCCGAAGAGGAGAAAUCAGAAUCAAAGCAAGAAGAAGAACAGCGCAUCAAAAUUUAUAGCGGGAAAAAUGUCGCUCUAGAGGUUCUUUACAUUGCCCUCAUCUCAGCGCUUGGCCAUCUCACUUCCCAUGUUCUCGGAAUAUUCAACCUUCAAUCCCGUUAUCGCCUUCUCUCUACCGGAGUAUUCGGAAUUGCUUUUCUCGUUGGUUUCGCAUAUGCGCUUCACCGCGGCGGCUCCAGUGGAGUCCUUGACUUCCCAACAGUCUGUGUCGUUGGGUUUAUCCCUCACCUUCUUAUUUUUACCGGAAUCGCCUUCUGUGCAGUCAUAUAUACCUUUGCCCUAACCCUAUCCUCCCUGUUCCCACCACCCCCGUCUCCGGCACGUCCAAGUUUCAAGUUAGGCUUCGAUAAUCUCCGAGCGAAUCUGACCCUUAGAUCGGUCAGUAUCAACAUGGCGGAUGACUUUUAUACAACACUUUUGAAGCUAGGGUUCAUGUGCUUGACUGCUGCGUCGGAGGCAACCUAUCUCAAUGAGGGCCGCGGUGUUCAGCUCCCCGCCUGGACCUGGCUUGAAUCCCAGAAAGCAAAAAUGUUGGAUAGUCAGCGCCGAAUGGGGGUCGCAGGUGUCCGAGGUUCCGGGAGUGUAGGAAUGAUAGAAACCGGAAGAGGGGAAGGACCUUACGCAAGAGAGAGAAAGGAUGUCAAAGGCCUUAUCGGUUCUCAGAAGACCGCAAACGGUGGAAAAUGGAGUGGUGCGGGUGAGAUGGUAAGAGGUGCCGGGGUCGUAUUAGUUAGGUUUACUACGAGUUGGGUAUACCGUGCCCUUGGGAGGCAGCGCAGGGAACCAGCGGUAGGGAUAGAACUGGUAGGUGGUGAGGAGCUGUCUGAGAAUGAACCGGAAUCAGAAGAGAGCAGUUCGUUGUACAACCGCUUUCUUCGAGGCGGCCUUUGGGGCGAAACCGACGAAUCAGGAGACUACACCCCUGGGAGCAACGUUGGUGAUGACGCCUCAACUACUAGUGGCUAUUCUGACGAUGAGGAUGACCGCAGCACCAUAAUGUUGACUGAUUCUGAAUGGGAGUCCGAAUCAGAAUGUGCCUCCGGUCAAACCACACCUACCCAACGCUCUCCACACCGCCGCCAAAACCACCACAACCAUCCUCCUACGUUCGGUGAGAUUUUUAGUACCCCUCAUGAGCUCGCUACUCUCCUCGACCCCCAAACCCCGGAACAACGAGAUCAGGCCCGUGUUAUGGCUCGCCAUCUGACAUCGUCUCAAAUACUCACCCGUAGUGGGUACGAGCUCUCACUCGAGGCAGAUCGCGCGCUGCUACAUCCGGGACAAAAUGAAGAGACAACACUAGAGUCAGUACUGCUACAUCGUCGCCGUGAGACUCAUGCGCAUGAUCAUGACGAAGAGGAUGAUGAAGGAACAGGAGGUCCGCAAUGUGUGAAGCCCCUUGGAGGGCUUUAG